AAACAUCACUUCUGGUUUUAAUGUAUGUUAUAACAGUAGUCGUUCAUUUUCCCAGAAUAAUUUUACGUUCAAUUAAAAGACAGAGGCAGUCAACGCUUUUUAGGUUACGAAGCGACUGACUCAGCGACGCGCAACCAACUUCACUUCGAUCUUUAUCGAUAGGCGAAUAACUUCACUCUGUAUACUUCUUGUCAUACUAUACUAUAUGCGGCGAGUGACUGGGCAUCUAUUCGUGUCCGACGGUAUGAAUAUUUUAUUAAACGAAGCCUUCUCAUACCAGCGGGUGAGUGCACCUAGGAUCUAUAUGGAAUUCUCAUUGGAAUUUAGUGUCAGGGCGAAUUCCACGCUGCUUCCAUUUAAUGCAGAGGAGUUUACGUCUGGGUGUAACGUUAACGGUAACGCCGACAGUAACGAGAUUCUGCAGUCUGACAAUGCCAACUGGGUCAGGAUAUUCAAUAAAUACGUAAAACUGACAGGUCAGAUUUAUUCGCUGAGACUCGAUGACGCAUCCUGUCAUAAAUAGUGACCAGUUAUUUAUCAAGACGACGAUUGGAUGAUGCUAGUCGAUAUUUAACUAGGGUUUGGACAAUCUUUGGUAAUAAAAUAUAUUUCAAGACUUUUCAUCGAGGGCAGCGCCAUGAGCUCUUCAACUUGUCAUUAUCGGGAUCUGUUAUAUCGACUUGCAGACGGGAGGUGAUACACGAGUGCUUCGCGAAAGUUGGUUAAGGGUUAUUAUUAUAUUUCGUACAUGAGGGUUGCUCGAAGGCCAUUAGGCUUUAAGAAGAUUUAUAUUUUAAUGAAACUGAAUGCUUAUAUGCUUUAAGGGUAUUAUUCUGACCUAAUUUGACUUUGCUAUAUCCUUCCUGUCCUCGUUUGCACCCUUCACUGUGUAUGGGAUUAAAGGGAAAUAUUCCCUGAAUGAUAAUUAGUGGUAUUGUGCCAAGUGGAUGAGUGAAAAAAAAAUCUUUCUCAAAAUCCUCAUGAGUGUCGCUCACGUGUUACACGUGACAUGCAUACGUAUACUUUAUGAAUCCCUAAAACAUGAAUAAAUUACGUAUUAUAAUUGCAUAAAAAAGGAAUCUGUCUCCGAUGAAAUUACGAACAUACAAUUAGAAAAUUAGAAAAAAUUUUAAAAAUUCUUAUUUCUUCUGUUAAUUACCAUUAUGUGUAUUGAUAAUUCUUGUGACGAUCAAAGUUAUUGUUAUUACUGGCCAAUUGAAAUCGCAUGACUGUCAACCCGGUUCGACUACUCAAUAGAGCAACCAACUACUUCCGAUUGAGAUACAUUGCCAUUCCCCAUAACAGAAUAUUACCAUUGUCUCGGUUGGACAAUACAGCACUCAGCAGAGACUCCCUCGUUAUCCAAUCGCCAUAAUCCAAUGGUCUAUUUACAUAUUGAAAUUUAUCAUGUAUACAAUUCUCUUAUUUGCGAACAAUUGUACGUACAUCAUUAACCUAAUGAUAACAAUACGUCUGUCAAUAUUCGUAUAUCUACUGAGCAGCUAGCGAAUACAACAAACGUCUAUAUAACCAUAGCCGAUAAAAUAAUGUACAUUCUCAAUGUAACCGUGAGUACUCGCAUAAAAUAUUAUUCUGACUAAAACAGAAAUCAAGCCCUAAUUUAAUUUCCAAUCGGCACUGGCCACCAAGGAAACAAAUAAUAAAAUAUUUUUUUUAGAUUAUACCGGACGAAUGUUAUCU